AUGGGGAAAGGAAAAGCUAUUAUGAAUAAGGAGAAAAAUGCUAAGGAGGUUGAGAUAAACCAGGAAGAUGAGAAUUACUACAUGGAAAUUCUAAAUUACUAUAAGAAAAUUAAAGAUAUGAUAUUAACAGGUGACUUAUUGAAUGAUGAACAUAGUUGUGAAGUACUAAUAGACAGAAUUAUUGAGGAUAUGAAGAAAAAAGAUGUUGAAAUUUUUUUGAUGAGUGAUCAAAGAUGUAGUAAGAUAUUUGAGUUAAUGCUUAGUAUAAAUAUAUUAAGUAUUAAGAAAUUAAUAGAUUCAAUAAACUUUGAUAUAUUGGAUGAAAAAGGUAAAAUGCUUGAGGAAAAUGAUCUUUUUAAGAGAUUAAAGUCUUGUAUUUCUAACUACAUAUUUAUUUUGAAUAGUAUAUUAAAGCAUGUAGAACAAAGUAUUUUUGAUUUAUAUGGAUCUCAUGUAACAGAGACAGCACUAGAAAGCUCUGCAAUAUUAUUAAGCUUUUUAAAGCAGAAGAAAAUUUUCAAACAGGAUAGAAGUUUAAUAUUGAAAGAAAUUUUAGAAUUUGUUAAAAAAAUGGGAGAUACUUUAGGUUGGGUUUCAAUAUUAACAAAUUCAACAGCAAGCCAUGUAGGAAGAACUGUUAUAAAUAUUACUAUAGGGAAGGUAACUAUGAGUAUGGACAAUAUGGAGACAUAUAUAUUGGAAAAUGUGGGAAAAAGAAAUCAAGCUAACAAACAAAAAUUUAGUGGAAAAAAUCAAAAUAAAUAUAAAACAUAUGAAUGCAGUAGCAUUCAUGAAUUAAAAGAAUUAGUAUUUUCUCCUAAAACUGAUAACUCUUCACUAUCAUCCCAACUAUUACAAUCUUUAAAAGAAGAUUUUGAAGGUGUAAUAGGUGAUACUUAUGCAUUACCAUCUUUAAUAUUGUUUAUUAGAGGACUAAAUGAAAUAAAAUCGCAAAAUAAUACUGAAUUAGUCAAAUUAUUUAAUAUUUUUUUAACUAUUAUUAUUACAAAUGGACAGGAAACUGAAGAAGACAUCAUUUCUGGAUAUGAAAAUAAGAUUAUAGAUUCUGAGAAAAUUUCAAGAUUGCUCUCAAAUUUAACAAGAAAUUGGAUAAAUUCAAACUUAAAGAGCAGAUUAUUAGAACUAUUAUUAGAUAUUAUACCUUACGAAUUCUUGGUUAUUUGGAUAAAUUCACAUACAAUUUCAAAGGAGAAAUAUGAUCAGAUAUUUUUGAAUGAUAUCAUAGAUUCAGAGUAUGGACAUUAUGUUUUUUUAAAUCUUUUAAAAAGUAAUAGAAUUAAACGUGAGGAGUUUAUUCCAAUAUUAAAAUCUUUAGAUUUCUCAAAAAUUACAAGCAAAAAAGAGUUUGUAGAUAUUUUGAUUUCUCUAAUAGAUAAUUGUAGAAGAUUACAAAGUGAAUACAAAUACUUAACUAAAAAGUUAUGGAAAUCAAUUGAAAUAAACUCAAGCGAAGAUUAUCAAUAUACAUUUUCAUGCUUAAUAUUUCAGAAAAAGAAGAGUGAGUUGAUAAUAGAAGAGGAAGAAGAUAUUAGGUCCAAAUCAGAUACUGAUUCUAUUGAAAAGAAGUUAAAAAUAUCUUCUCAAGGUUGUUUAAUGAUUAGCUCUUUAUCAAAGUUUCCAAUUGAUACAAUUCAUCCAUUAACUUCUGGUAUUACCUAUUUUAUUAGUAAACAUAAAAAUGUAAUGCUUAAAGAUUUACUUGAAACUUCUUUUGGGAUUAGGAUGAUCGAAACUAUUAUUUCUUCUUCUAGCAAUAUUCCUCAAUCUCUUAAGAGAAGGUGGAUACAAAGUUAUUUUGGUAAUUUUUUAAAUCUUACAUUAUCAGGAACAUGCAACUAUGCUAUUAUUGCAAUGUUUUAUGCAUCUGACCACCUUUUUAGAAAAAUGAUAGUAGAAGAACUUCUUAAUGAAGAACAUGGAGGUGGUAAAGAUAUACUUAUGAACAAGAAUUUUAAAAUAUUUAAAAGUCUCAAAAUUGAGAGCUUUAAUAAGAAAGAUGACUGGACUAAUGUCAAUGAAAAAAUUGAUAAAACUAGGAAAUUAUUUAGUAAUAUUAUUGAUGAAAAAAUUGAUAUUCUUGACAAUAAUUUGGAGGAUUCAUCAUACAGUAAUGUUUCCAACACUAACAAAAUUUCAAAAAAGAAUAAAAAUAAAAGAAGCUCCAGUACCUACAAUAACAUUAAUAAUAACAAUAAUGAUUCAAAUGAUAUUACUGAUGAUCAAAGUAUGGGAAGUAUUCUCAAAUUUAUUAAAAAAAGUAAAAAAUGA